GUUAAAAGUCAGUUCGUGGUGGUGGGCGGUAAAACAGGUUACUGGGCUGUACCAGGAUUUCUUCCAAGGAACUUCCGGAAAAACUGGUUUCUGAAACAACGAACCCAGUGAAGCCCCGCAGUGUGUCAUACCGCAACAAUGAAGUGAGGCAAUUAAUUGCGAAAGAGCGCCAAUACCGUACGUACCCUGGACCUAGGUCAACAUCGCCCCACCUGUUUGCCGCGGCUCUGAAUGCUAAUUAAGAAAGCGCAGCUAAUUACUCGCAGCCCAAGUUCAGUGUUAAAGUGGCUCCGCCCCAUGACGUGAUGAGAAACGCCGGCAAGGACGGAGCAAGGUGUUCAGGGUGGCUCGUUGUGCCUUUUCCAUUCGCGCUGCACUUCAUCAAACAGGACUGAAGAAUAUUGCUGAAAAUGUCUUUCCAAGAACUGACAUCAAGAGCAGUACUUUUAUAUGAUGAAUGGCUCAAAGAUGCAGAUCCCAGAGUUGAAGACUGGCCAUUGAUGUCUUCACCCCUGCCACAAACAAUAAUACUUGGUGCUUAUAUCUACUUUGUUACAACAUUUGGACCAAAAUUAAUGGAGAACAGGAAGCCUUUGAACUUGAAGCAAAUAAUGAUUGUGUACAAUUUUUCUAUGGUGAUCUUUUCCAUGUAUAUGUGUUAUGAAUUUCUUAUGUCUGGCUGGGCCACGGGAUACUCAUUUCGUUGUGACAUUGUGGAUUAUUCCAGGUCACCGCAAGCCCUCAGGAUGGCCUGGACCUGCUGGCUUUUUUACCUCUCCAAGUUUAUUGAAUUGUUGGACACUGUUUUCUUCGUGCUCCGAAAGAAGAAUGGUCAAGUGACAUUUCUUCAUGUCUACCACCAUACAAUCAUGUCUUUCACUUGGUGGUUUGGAGUCAAAUUUGCUCCAGGUGGUCUAGGAACAUUUCAUGCUCUUGUCAACUGCAUAGUGCAUAUUUUCAUGUAUUCAUACUAUGGUUUAUCUGCAUUGGGACAAAAUUACCAGAAGUAUUUAUGGUGGAAGAAGUACAUGACUGCAAUUCAGUUGAUCCAGUUUGUGGUCAUUACGGUUCAUAUUGGGCAGUUCUUCUUCAUGAAAAAUUGCCAGUACCAGUAUCCAGUGUUCCUCUACAUAAUAUGGCUAUAUGGAGUUAGUUUCAUGAUAUUAUUUCUGAACUUUUGGUACUAUGCAUACACACGGGGUCAAAGGUUGCCAAAGAACACAAUGAACAAAUUGAAGAAAGAGCAGUAAAAACCAUUGACUGGAAUGAAAUUACCAUGUACUUGGUUUAAAUUGAACAUGUAUGACAUUGUAGCAUAAGGCAUACUUUUUAAAGGAUAAUUUGCAUCUUUUUUGUGAUUUAUAUGAACUUGAUACAUCUUAAUGCAUGCUACCAUGUAGCUGCAAAAUUUGAAAUAAAUCAAACCUCUUUAGAAUGUAUUUCCUCUCACCAACUAGCUCUUUUGCUAUGUUAAACAUUUACUGUGUUGUAGAUAUCCAGCUUGUAAUACUUGUGUGCUUCCUUUCCUCAUUCCAUUUGAUUGUUUGUGCAAAAUGAUGCAAAUGAAUCUUGUGGGUUGUUGAACUGCACAUCUGACCCAGAAGCAAUACCAUUGGCAGAUUAACUUGAUGGUCUCAUUUUUGAAGCAGUCAUGCAGUUAGACAACUAACUUUGCAUCUCUUCUGUUUGCAUAACCACAGUGUAACUUACUUUACUACAGUAUCCUUUUUAUUACUAAAACAACAAAUGGAAUCGGAAGGCCAGCUUUCCAUAAUUAUCCACCUUUGGCCUAAACAGAGAUUUGCAGAAGCUGAAUGAUAAAUCCCUUGCUGCUUUAUAAUUUUAAUUUUUAAUAAAAAGGGACAAUAAUUAAAGUUGGUAAACAAUAGUAAGAUGAUUAAGUUAUUAAUUUUCAAUUAUUCACUAGGGCAAGAAUGAAUAACACAUUUGUUUGAGUUUUGUUGCUAGACUGAGGUUAAAAUGAAAUGAGCUUUUCAAAUUCUUGGGCAACUUACAUAAGUGUGCACUUCUAGGAAAGGGGCUAAAAUACUCCAACGCAGCAUUUUUUUGAUUGAAAACAAAAGUACCUUGUUCUUGUGCCCUUUGAUUAAACAUAUUUAAGCAGCUGGAGAACCACCCAUAGAAGUACUUUUUAGGAACAUGGUGCCCAACUUGCUGCCCACCUUCACAUGACCUGUCUUGAUUGUACGUAAUUCUCUUCCUCCCUCUUUCUCUCUCCACCCCCCCCACCCCCACCCCAAGGCUCCUUUGCACCUCCCUCGGUUGUAAAUUAUUUCGUUUAGCUGCUGUUCUUGUGAAAGGCAAGGGAUAGUAUUUGGGGAUAUUAAUGGCAAGCUGAAACUUUUGACUUUGCUUGUUUCUAGUCUUGCCAACAGGAUAUUUUAAAAAGCACUUUUUAAAAAAAAAAAGAUGCAUUUGAACUUGUAUUGUGAAAUCACAUUUAAAGGGAUGUUUGUCAGUUUCACCUAGUUCAUAAAUGGAUCCUUCAAUUUUGUGAAAUUCUAACUUUUUGCUGUUUCUACAUGAGGUCAAAUCACAUUUAUUUUUUUCAUAACUCAGAUAAAAGUUACAUUGGUAGUCAAAACAAUUACUACACUAGAAAAAUGUAUAUUCCUCAGCACCAUGUUUGCCUAACAUUUUAAAAAGCACAGAUAAAAGCUUUGACAAUUGGUGUUAUAUCACUGCAGUGAAUUUGACUGUUCCAAAGUAUAAUGAUUUAAUGUAGAUUUUAUUUUUAGUUUUCAGAGUACCUAAAUGCAUAAUUAUCCAACUCUGAUUUAAUAACUAAAGAACUAGACACAAUUCUGUUUUAAUGGGGACUGUUGUAUCACAAUGCAAGCUGGAUAUUCUCAAUGCCAUGACUGAAAUUGUGUAUUAACUAGUGAAUCAGUGAAAGGAAAUCAUUAGCAUUCCAAGGAGGGUUGAAUUUUGCUUUUUUUUAAACAAUACUAUUUUCUAAAGUCAAAAGUGAAUGAAAAGAAGUUGUUUUCAAAUAUGAAACCAUAAUUUGUGGAAACACUGGUGCAGAUGCAAAUAUUCCAAGGCAAAACAAUGAUGGGUCCAGAAAGGUGCACCUUGAAGUUUCUUGGAUUUAUUCUUGGCACAUGAAGAACCAUGUUGUAUUCCAAAUUUGGCAAGUAUUUCUUGUAAAUGAAUUAUUGUGGUUUUAUGAAUAGGGGAAGAUAUUGCAAAUAUUACUAUGUACAUCCAAAAAAUUUACUAUUAAAAAAUGUGGUUUUGUUGCCUGAUAAGUGUGUUAUUACAGCAGAAAGAACU